GACAGACCCCCGGACCGCUGUGGACUUGGGUGUGCUCGAGGUGGAGGUGUUGGGCGAGGCGCCUGCAGCUGGCGGCAGUUCCCUCCGCCAGCACUUCUUUGUCACCUGCAUCAAGGCCGAUAACUCUGAAGAAGGUGGCCCAGGGUGCUUGCGGAAGAUAUCCCGCUAAGAGAGAGACAUGUCAAAGGCCAUCACUGGCAUGAGAAGGGGCAGACCCGUGUGAGCUGUGGAAGGAGGCCUCUUUCUGGAGGAGCGUGACCCCCGGGGCUGCUGCUGAGCAUGGGCGGGACAUGGGCAUCCAGGGAGACGCUUCGGCCACGGUGCCGCCCCAUCAAUGCCACCUUGGCUGUCGAGAAGGAGGGCUGCCCCGUGUGCAUCACCGUCAACACCACCAUCUGUGCCGGCUACUGCCCCACCAUGACCCGCGUGCUGCAGGGGGUCCUGCCGCCCCUGCCCCAGGUGGUGUGCAACUACCGCGAUGUGCGCUUCGAGUCCAUCCGGCUCCCUGGCUGCCCGCGCGGCGUGAACCCCGUGGUCUCCUACGCCGUGGCUCUCAGCUGUCAAUGUGCACUCUGCCGCCGCAGCACCACUGACUGCGGGGGUCCCAAGGACCACCCCUUGACCUGUGAUCACCCCCGCUUCCAGGCCUCCUCUUCCUCAAAGGCCCCUCCCCCCAGCCUUCCAAGUCCAUCCCGACUCCCGGGGCCCUCAGACACCCCGAUCCUCCCACAAUAAAGGCUUCUCAAUCCGCA